AGUCAUCUUCCUCUUGUCCUUUUGCAGGAUGGCCAUGAGAAACACGGAGAGGGAAUUGAAGAGCAUCUAGAGAAGACCGUUGCUCACCCUCCAUCACAAGGAGACACACACUGUGACCUGUGGUCAUACCCAGAGGCAAUGGAUGGAAUACACGCUUCAGACCAGGAGGAGGGAAGUUUACUAGAGGAACAGAAGGAGAGUCUGAACACCUCCAGUACAGUGGGGAUGGAGGAGGUGAAGGAGAGGGGGACUGAGGGAGGAGACGAACAGCCUACACCCCUCAUUACUGAGGCGGAGGAGAAUGAAGGGAUGGGAGCAGCAUUCUCUCCUCAGACUCCUGCUAGAAUGAAAGCUGUGUCCAGCACCCCAACCUUCUCCCUGAACAGUAGCCACAGUGGGUCACCUAGUCAGCUAGACGGAUCCACAGUGAAAUCCCCAGGCUUCCUGUUCUCCAUGAGCUCAGCUCCUAGCCCCACCACCCCCGACUUCUCUGGCUUCCACUGUGGCUUUGGACUGGGCUCAGGCCAGGAGGAAGAGCCUCCUUUCCCCUUCAGCAGCUCAUAUUUCAGCAGUGAAAAGAAACCGUCAGGAUCCAGAUCGCCAUCAGGCUUCCUGUUUGCCCGGCCAGAGUCGGAGAAGUCAGAAGAUGGAUUUGAGUUCCCCUUCAGCUCUAAGAGUCCUGGUCAACCGUCAACCAGCAGAGAGAAAGGAUCAGGGGCUGGGGACUCCUUCCCUUUCUCCUUUAACUUCUAGCACAUCUUACUGUAAAACUUAGUGUAUGCUUCAAAUGGCACCCUAUUCCCUAUAUAGUGCACUACUUUUGCCCAGGGCCAUGUAGUGUUCUAGGGCAAUAGGGCGCCAUUUGGAUGCAUCCUGAGAUUCUUCCACGUUACUGUACAUGAGUUCCAUUUCAUGUUUGGUUAUUUCUAGAAAUAUGCAGAGGACUUCAACACAACUCUUUGUCGUUGUUAUGCACUGUAGAUCUGUUUUAGCGGUUCUUAAUAUUUACUCUAGUAAAUAGUUUAAUCAACUGUUAUAUGAAAAUGACUACCUUAUAAGAUAAAGUACCAUCUAGACUUAAAAUUAGCUGUUUGUUCAUAAAUCAUUUAUAAUUAUUUAAAACUUAAUUGAAUUGAUAUUUAACUAAAUAAAAUCAGAUAAUUUGUGUU